UGACACUGACACUUGUUAUGCUGCCUCACACAAGAGAAAAGAAGGUGAUGAAAACAUUCAAUAUAAAUUAAAAAAUGAUCAAUUAAACAUGUCUUGUUCCGAUUUGCCACCGUACUUACUACAAGAGCUACCAGAUAUCACAGGAAAUAUAAAUUACCCGAUACAAAAUGUUCAACGGAUUAAGUACACCUGUUUUGACAUUUCAAAAUCAUUGAUAGCAUUUGGUGCUACCAGUGGAGGCAUCUAUGUAUUUAACCGGACACCGUGUGAAUUUGUACAAUUGAUACCAAAUAAGGAUGGAGCUAUCACACGUUUGGCAAUAUCAAAGGACGAGAAACAAAUUGGUUUUGCCAAUGGCCGUGGCUUGGCAACAGUCACAGAAUGUAACCAAUCACUCAGCGGUGGUCACUCCACCGUUGUGUCGAAAGAGCAUCAAGGAAAUGAGAUCACGGCCAUGAUAUGGAGUACCAAUCAUAUGCUGUUUAUGGGAGAUGAUGUUGGUAAAAUAUCAGUGUUGCAGCCACAGAAUUUUAUUGCGAAAACAAUGUUUCAGAGCUCGUCACUGACAAUAAUGAGUCUCGAUUCUCGUAUCUGCCAAUUAGAUAUGAAGUCAUGUAUGCUACUCGUGUCCACUUUAACAAGAUGCUACGUUUGUGACACUUCGCGAGAGCAGUACCGACAGAUAGGUCAGAAACUCCGCGAUGGCGAGUACGGAGCAUGUUUCGUAGAUAAAAAAACUAAUAACGAACAACACGUAGCUAAAACCACACAAGAUUUUACCGAAGUCAGAAAAUAUAACAUAGUUAAUGACGAUUCAGGGUUUGCUGUAGGCAAAGAUCUUGAGAACACGUUAAUUUUCUGCGCUAGACCAUCUUCUAGAGUAUGGGAGGCCACGAUUGAUGGCACUGUUAUCAGAACUCACCAAUUCAAACAAGUACUGGGGAAGAAAGCUAUGAAACUUGUGUCCAAUGAAUCAUAUCAAAACGAAAAAGUUAGUUUGGAUGCUACUGAAACCAACACUGAAGGACAAUCAGUAAACUUUCCCAAUAUUUUUUCAACUAAUGGUGCCAUAUUUUCGUAUAGAAGGAAUGCUUUGUAUUUCUUAAAUAUCUAUGAUGUUGACCAUACAAUUUGGUUCGAUGAUUACAAAGAUAUUGUUGACUGUAAAGUGUACCAUGACAUGAUAUAUGUUUGGCUAUCGAACGGCUCUCUAGUAAACCUGAAGUACUUGAAAGUGGACAAAUUCUUAGUAAAGUGUUAUGUAGAUGAGAAAUACGUGUUGUGUGCAGAACUGUGUGCCUUGUAUAGAAAUUAUUUAUUGGAAAGUAAUUUGUCACAGAAGAUGCAUAUCUUAGUGAGUUUGAAAGAUAAAUUAGAGAAUAAAGAGUUAUUGGAUAGCAUUAAGGAUGUGUUAGAUAAGUUUGAAGGGCUAAAAUCCAAUGAUGCUACACAAUUGAAAUCAGGGAUAUAUAUCGUGGACAAUACUUAUCAUGCUCAGUCGUCGUUAUUAGAAAGUGACACAAAACUAAACGAUGACUUCAAAUUUACCUCAUUGCCUCCAGAAGCAAUGCAAACGUUAAAAGAUCUGAGUUUGAGUGUGUCGGAUAAAUUAAAUAGCAGCAAAAAGAUACUGAAAGAAAAAUGGGAGGAUUUCGAAGGCAAAAUGAAACAUCUAAGUGUUGAUAAACACAAUGAAGUGAAAGAAGUUCCAGUUAUAGAAAAGCAAGAGACCCAAGAAGAAGAGACUGUAGUUAAAACAAUUGAUGCAGAUGAAACUAUAGAACAAACUCCAGUUGUAUAUGAUAACGAUAUCAUCUACAAAGAAUCUAGUCAAAAGGCCAUAGAAAUAGAUAAUAACAGUUUAGAAAGGGAUAAAGUGAACAAAAGUUUGUAUCAAUAUUAUAAAUUAAGCGUAGUUGGUAAGGAAAAGGAUCGAUCGAAUUUAGUUGCUACUAUUGAAAAUUAUGCCUGUGAUAUUAGUCAGAUCUACAGUCUUAUGUUACAAUUAGAAAGUUAUUGUAUUCAUAUUGGAGCUUUCGACGAAUCUAAAUUUGUACCUAAUAAUAUUUUCCUUAGUUACCUGAAUGAAUCUGAGAAGAAAGACGAAUUGUUGGACACAAUAAUCAAAGAUGAAGUAUUGUACAAAUACUUUGUAGAUUCAUGUAUAUCUGUGAAUAUGAAGAGUCAAAAAUUGUCGAAUAUUGGUUGUGAUUGUGGGUUCCCCUUGCCGUACUCUAGAACGCACCAAACGCCGAUGUUCUCAGAGUUAAUUGACGAGUUUAUAGAGAAGCAGUGGUCAAAUCAAACUAGAAGUCAAUGCUACGAUGUUUGUAAACGAAUGCCUUAUUUAUGGAGGAAGAUUCUAUAUUUGCGGAGGAACGAGGACUUGUUGAAUAUAUUGAGGAUAUUGUUGCAAAUGUUGGACGAGACAUUACUGCAUUCAUUUUUGCCUCAGUUCACUUUGGAUACUUGGGAGCGAACCGUACAGUUAUACGCUACGCUACACGCUAACAUGUGUUUGAACUGUGCGAAAAAGUUUGACCAUAUUAUUGUCAAAGACACUUUGAGUUGGGAUGACUUAGGAGCACUGAUGAUCAAGUCUAUUGGGGGUAGAAAUGCUAUUAAAGUUAUGGAGAAAUACGCAAGUUUGAUAGAUGAGGGAGCUAUUACUGUGAAGUUUUAUCACACAUGUCUCAUGGUGACCAUGUAUGAGAGAUACGACGCUACUAUCACUGGCCAGUUGACUGAUAGUCUGUAUAGCUGUUACAAUUUUGAAGAUUCGAGAAUAGAGAUCUGCAGACUAUUGCGCAGUACAUUAAAUGGUAAACCCAAGAACACGGCACUGCCAAUAAUUGCUGCAGCGAAAUCGAAACAUUGGGGUCUAAGGCCUCUCACUGCGAAAAUACCUUCCGAAGACCAAGGAGAUAAACAAGAAUAUAUAUUAGACGCUUCUAUAACAAGUAUACUAGACAAUUUAUCAUUUAUAAAUAAUAAUAUAACAGACUGCGUGUUAUGUGGGUUGCCACUGAAAAAUACUGUACUAAUCAAAGAUGGCGGACUGUGGGUUUUUAAGUGUGGCCACACUUUUCAUGGUGCGUGUUUAGAGUUGAAUAAAAUUAAAUUAUGCCCUUCGUGUUCGCCUCUCAAGUGAGUUUAUUGUAUAUGUGACUUGUUAGCACAAUAAUAAUAAUAAUAACUUAUUUUGUUAUAUUGUUUUCUGCUUUGUUGCGGUUUUUUCGUAGCUAUCUAUAUUUGUUUUCGUAUAUUUUCGAUGUGUUUUUGUGCAGCCUGUUAGCAUGAAUAUUGUCAACGUAAAGUCAUAAUAUUAUUAGAGGUACAUAGACAGACACUGGUAUAUCAAGCGAUCCUACUUUUU